AUGUUGGCUACUCCCGCCCCGACACCUCCAACAAGCAUGGACACAGAAGAAAUCGCCACAGGACAAGGCUGGAAAGUCGUAGGUGCGUCAAACCAACGACUCGAAGAACAUAUAACUGUGAUAAUCAAACUCACAGACGGCACAGACCUCAGUAAAUUACCACCUGAUGCUAUAGGACGAAGCCUUGUACAAGCGGCGGCACUCACCACGGCAGAAAAAAGGGACACCUACGUAAAAGUGAGAGCCAUUCCGACCCUCAUUGCGAUAGACACGUACCGCACGACCGCAGCAGAGAAAUUCCUCCACCUAAGCCAAAUUCUAGUCCUCAACAAACAACACCCCAUUCUCGCCUAUAAAACCAGUGGAAAUAACGCAGUCAAAAAUGUUAUACACGGCAUCCAAAUGCCCGUCCCAGACGAAGAAAUUCAACACCAACUUGAGAUCCAAGGAACCAAGGUCAUAGAAGCUCGGAGAAUAGGCUCAUCCUACUCCGUACUUAUCGUCAUGGAGGGAACCCGCCUAGCUAGAUUCGCUCUCUACAGCAGAGCAGUCAUGAGGCUCCAUCCCUACACCCCAAGGAGCCUCUUCUGCAACAACUGCGCCACCAUAGGUCACCGAGCAGAUGUCUGCCCAAACAAACUACACUACCAGAGAUGCUUACAGUGCGGAACUAAACUUCCACCUGACCCCAACGGGAUAUCAGAGCACAACUGUGAAAUCCAAUGCCAAAACUGCCGCGGAGAACGCAGACUACCCACAAUGUGCAGUACGCCAAGAGGCAGACAGAAACCGCAGAGAAGGAAUGCGCAUCCGAAGCUGGCGCCAAGCAAAUACACCUCCAAGAGUAGACGUAACAAACCCAAGUAG